AUGCAACGUAAUCAAGAUCCUAACGACCAUGUUGCACGUACACUAACAUAUGUACAGUUUCCGCGUUUUUAUGUGUGGAAGCUUGACAAGCGUAUAUGGGUUCCGAGAAUAAAAGGAAAAACAAUUGGAAGAAUUCAUUCCGUUUCUCCUUCUACCGGUGAAGCGUACUAUUUAAGAAUUCUUCUUAACAAAGUUAAAGGACCAACAUCGUUUGAUGAUAUUAAAACAGUUAAUGGUCGAGUGUACGAUACUUUUAGAGAUGUUUGCUAUGCGCUUGGUUUGUUGGAUGACGACUCGGAGUACAUUGAGGCCAUCAAAGAAGCAAAUAUAUCAGGUAGUGCAGGUUAUAUUCGCAAUUUAUUCGCCACCAUGUUACUGUCAAGCACAUUAUCUAGACCUGAAGUUGUCUGGGAAAGCACAUGGAAGUAUAUGACAGAUGAUUUUCUGUACAGAUUCUCAAAGUAUCAUCGUGUUUCAGGUUUAUCAAUUCCUGAUGAGCAACUAAAGAACUAUGUUUUAUGCGAAAUCGAGAAGUUUUUAACUCGGAAUAAUUCAUCGCUUCGGAGAUUUUUAUCAAUGCCUUACCCGGAUACUUCAUCUUUAGAUAACUUUCGCUGCCGAUUGAUUAACGAAGAGCUUGCUUAUGACAGAUCAGAGUUACAAAAUGUUUAUCAAGGUCAGGUGAAUUUGUUAACGGAUGAACAACGUGCAGUAUAUGAAGAAAUUAUGAACGCAGUUCAUGGAGACAAUGGAGGAGUAUUUUUUGUUUACGGUUAUGGCGGGACCGGUAAAACAUUUUUAUGGAAAACAUUGUCUGCUGCAAUUAGGUCAAAAGGUGAGAUUGUAUUAAACGUUGCAUCUAGCGGAAUUGCAUCAUUGCUGUUGGAGGGAGGAAGAACGGCUCAUUCUAGGUUUCAUAUACCUUUGAAUCUUAAUGAGGAUUCCGUUUGUCAUAUAAAACCAGACGAUGAUGUAGCUAAAUUACUACAGCAGACCAAACUCAUUAUAUGGGAUGAAGCUCCUAUGGUUCAUAAACAUGCAUUUGAGGCUUUGGAUAGAACUAUGCAUGACAUUUUCAAUAUAUCUAAUCCAUCCAGGUCUGAUGUUUUAUUUGGAGGAAAGGUAAUUGUAUUUGGUGGUGAUUUUAGGCAAAUACUACAUGUUGUUCCAAACGGUGGACGUCAAGAAAUUGUGAAUGCCUCAUUAUGUUCUUCUUAUUUGUGGAGUAAGUGUAAGUUGUUGACGUUAUCUAGAAACAUGAGGUUAACUGUUGGAAGACCAUCAUCUGAAGUUGAAGAGAUCAGUAAUUUUGCAAAAUGGUUGUUGGACGUUGGUGAGGGAAAUGUUGGUGGUUCCAAUGAUGGAGAAGCAAUAAUUGAAAUACCACCUGAGCUUUUAAUUGAUAGCAUAUCUGAUCCAAUUUCUAGCCUGAUUGAUUUUGUUUAUCCGUCAAUUUUGGAGAAUUACAAUGAUCGUAAUUACUUUAGUACAAGAGCUAUACUUGCGCCUAAGAAUGAGGUUGUUCACGAGAUUAACGACAGAUUGUUGGCAGUAUUCCCUGGUGAAGAAAAAGAGUAUCUUAGUUCUGACAGUCUAUGCCCUACUGAAGAUGGCAAUGUUGAUCAGCAAAAAAUAUACUCCCCCGACGUGCUCAAUGGUCUCAAAGUGUCUGGUUUACCAAAUCAUAGGUUAGUGCUUAAAGUUGGUGUUCCAGUAAUGUUGUUGCGAAAUAUUGACCAACGAAAUGGUUUGUGUAACGGUACAAGGUUAAAGGUCACAAAACUUUACAGUCGUGUUAUUGAAGCUGAGAUAAUUUCUGGUGGUAAUAUUUGUUCUCGGACAUUCAUACCUAGAAUGAAUUUGGUACCUUCGGACCGAAAGAUUCCUUUUGCAUUCCAAAGGAGGCAAUUUCCAAUAACUGUAUGUUUUGCAAUGACGAUUAACAAAAGCCAGGGACAGUCGCUAUCUAAGGUUGGGUUGUACCUAAGACAACCAGUUUUCACACAUGGUCAAUUGUACGUAGCUUUAUCCAGGGUUACAAGACGAGAUGGAAUCAAGUUACUAAUACUUGACAAUGAUGGCAGGCCUACAAAUAAAACAACCAAUGUUGUAUAUAAAGAGAUAUUCAAUGGAUUGUGA